AUGAUUGAGCUUGAGGAUGUUGCUGUCGAAUUUUUUGGCAGGCAUGUGUAUUUGAUAAACUCGACGAAUCCUCUUCAACUGCUAUCCAUUUCAGGCAUGCGAGGCGUCAUGUCAAGAAAUCGACUUUAUCUUAUCGGUCCUACUCCAUCAGAAGACGAACUUGUGCGACAAUGGACAAUAGAAGCAGAUCAGACUCGAGCAUUUAAAAAAGGCACGCUUUGGGACUCGUUUGAUAUGCACGAUCCAUCCAUUACGCAGUAUCCAUCAGUCGAACUUUAUUUUGAAAACAUGAUUGAAAGGAAACUAGAGAUUAACGGGAAAAUGGGUUCCGUCAAACUAUUGCUCAUUCAACGUCCUAUCAUGGAGGAAGACCUUCAUCAUGAUGCAUGGACAGACUAUUCUUUAGAAACUAAUAAUGAUUCAAAAAAUGAUCCACAUGGUCCAGCUUACCACUUUUUAACGACGAAAGCAGGAGGGAAUUCAACAGGCGAAGAAACUGUUGCUCUUCCCGCGCCAGCCAAUACAUCUGGCUCAGCGUAUUCUUUAAAGCCACAUCAUACACCAUUAGCAAUAGGUUCACCCUCGCAAUCGGGUGAUGAGCCUUUGGGAAAGUUUGGAUCGACCAUGUUUUCAUUUCCAAGUCAUGUUCUUGACAACAUCAACCCGCUUCAUAUUAUACCGUCACUGUUUGGAAAAACAGAUAUUAGACUUUCAGAAUUAGACAUUCCAAGUUUGAAAAAUGAUCCUUCGUUACUCAAAUUUAUGGAGCUCAUGGCUGAUCAACGAGGUACAAUUAUUCUGCAUCAAGUGUAUCGAUUUACAACAGAUCUUGAAAUCCACUUUUCAACUUAUCCGGCAGCACAGGUUUCAGCAAAAACAUCAUUGAUACGCACUUCUGAUCGAUCAGAUGCACUUUCCAAGCGUAUCGUGGAUUUUUUAGAAUUAAUGCAGGGGUUCUUGCAUUCAACCCGCUUGAUUCGAACACAAGGAGAGCCUUAUAUUUUGACCAUUUUGGAUGGCAUGGAGACGUAUAUUAUUGGUAAAUGUUUUGAAAGUGUAUUUGGUGUGUCGUUGAUGGAAGAGCAGAUCAACGAUUACAUUUUAGCAUCUCGACUGUCUAUUUUAGGAAUAUCAUCGUUUGGACUGUCAGAUCUUGGUUUGGAUUUAUAUCAGGAUCAUCAUGGAUUUGCCAAAGUAAUGCGUGCUGCUGGUUUAGAGCUGCUUCGAUUUGAGAGAGCACUGUCUCCCAUAUUAAAAAUGGAGGCUCUGAUCAAAGUUCACAGUCAUCUUGUUGGUAAGCCUAAUAAUUGA